AUGUUUGCUUUUAAUUCAUCUUGCCAUAUUUUUCAAUUUCUUUUUUAUGCAUAUCUUGCAGAUAAGAAAGAUGGUGCAGUGGAAAAAGCCAAAGAAGACGACAAACCUAAAGAAACAACUGAGACGACAACAGUCACAUCAAAAGAUGGCAAAACUACCACUGUGACCACUGUACAGACCAUUACAGCCUCCCUUUUAUACAUCUUAUAUUCAUUUAUUUUACCAUUCCUGGCUUUUCCUUCCUUUCGUGUAAAAUGUUCUAAUUCUUCAAAUGUAUUGUUCUUUCCCUCAUCCUUUUUUUCAUUAUUUCCUUCAUCCUUUCUUUCCUUAUUUCCCUCAUCCUUUCUUUCAUUAUUUCCCUCAUCCUUUCUUUCCUUAUUUCCCUCAUCCUUUCUUUCAUUAUUUCCUUCAUCCUUUUCUUCAUUUUUUUCUUUCAUAUGCUCAUUUAUUUUACUUCCUUUCUUUUUUUUAUAUUUCCUUUCUUUCUUUUUUUCAUUAUUUUCUUUCUUCCUUCUUCCAUUCAUCCUUCAAGUUUUCCUUCAAUCAUCUCUCCUACUCUUAAAUACUUCUCAUUCUUUCUUUCUUCCCUCUUCCAUAGCUUUCUUCUUCCUUUUAUUCUUCCACUUGUUGUUCAUUCAUAUCUCCAACUUUUCUAUACUUUCAUUGUUCUUCCCAUUUUCUCAUCCUUCCUUCCUUCCUUCCUUCCUUCCUUCCUUCCUUCCUUUCAAUAUUUUCCUUCAUUCGUCUCACUCAUAUAUCAUUCCAUCCCUUUAUCUCAUCCUUCCUUCCUUCCUUCCUUCCUUCCUUCCUUCCUUCCUUCCUUCAAUAUUUUCCUUCAUUCGUCUCACUCAUAUAUCAUUCCUUCUCUUUAUGUCAUCUUUCCUUCCUUCCUUCCUUUCUUCCUUCCCUCCUUCCUUGUCUUCAGUAUUUUCCUUCAUUCGUCUCACUCACAUAUCAUUCCUUCGCUUUAUCUCAUAUUCCUUCCUUCCUUUCUUCCUUCCUCCCAAUAUUUUUCCUUCAUUCGUCUCACUCACAUAUCAUUCCUUCUCUUUAUUUCAUCUUUCCUUCCUUCCUUCCUUCCUUCCUUCCUUCCUUCCUUCCUUCAAUUUUUUCUUCAUUCAUCUCACUCACAUGUCAUUCCUUCGCUUUUUCUCAUCAUUCCAUUUUUUCCUCCCUUUUCCCUAUCUUCCUCCAUUAUUUACUUUAUUCCUUCUUUGCUUCCUCUUUUCAUUCUUUCAUUCCUUUCAUUCUUUAGAAUUUUGA